AUGGCUAGAGCUAGACGUGGCUCUUUGAUACAAUGUGAUCCCUCGAUCAAAGCGCUCAUAAUGCAAAUCGACGCUGAACGAAGUGACAUUAUUCUGGAAGAGCUGGAUGAUACUCACUUGUUAGUUGAUCCAUCGAAAGUGGAAUUUAUCAAGCGAGAGUUGAAUAGGUUACUCUCCAAGAAUAUAUACAAUCCUAUGGAUGAGGACGAGAACAGCUGA